GAAGCAGCUACCACCUGGUUUGUGUAUCUCGUUGCAGCUCAUUGUUUUUGUUGUGUGGUAUCCGAAAGUAAAAGUAUAUAAACUUGUUCUACACACAGUUUUCUUCAAUUCGAUUCGGUGCAGCAAGAAACGAAAAUGUUAUCAUUCCUGCCUGUCCUCCACCUAUUGUUCAUUUGCGUCCCGGGCAUGGCAACUGCCCAACCCAGUCCUUCGUUGUCUCGUGCCACAAAGAAUGGUGCGACGCCUGUUCCCAUUUCCUGGCUUCGUUCUUUGACGGAAACAGCGGACUCACACUAUCAGGCGGCUUUGCUCGGAAAUCAGACACGUUUGGUGGACAGCAGCAGCUUUUCCCGUCACGGCGGCCGCGGCCCAGUUCUCCUGCAAUGCCUCCAAGCCCAGAAGCCUUUCUGCCGAGCGUUGCAGUCCGAUUGUUGUCCGAAUGUUGUGAAGCACGUAGGACCUCUAGAGAUGCAGCCGCAUGAUCAUGCCUCUCCUGGAACAAACUACUUGCGGAGUUUUCAAGAGCAUCGCGAAGGCGAUGUUGCCCCAGCGAAGCUACCGCAGGCGGGACGAACAAUACGCAGAAAUGUGAUCAUCGUUUUCUAUUUUGACGUACUUUUUUUGGAACGCUGGCUUGUGGCCUCAGACACAAGAAAUGAGCCAAAAAAAAGCGUUGGCGAAGCCACACCGGCGGCAGCUUCUUCGUUCGCUUCCGAGACCGAGGUUCCUGGUGACCGUGCUGACACACCCAGAGGUACGAUACGCAUGACGCUUGCCGCACUGUUUCGCUUGUGUACAGGGACUGACCUCUGGCGAAGUCUAUUGCUGCAGAAAAAGCCGCAUCAUGCAAUUGCGCACAGACAGACAACUGCGCCGCCCCCCGCUGCUACAACAGCUACGAAGCUUUUUGUCGAGGUGGGCACCCACCAAAAGUCGGAACUCGAGCCGUUGUUUCGGUCUACAGCGGCAGAAGAAUGGCAUGAGAAAUUGGCUAAGCAGGACGAGACGGAAGACAUCAGAACCGCAGCAUCGGGAUUCCGACGACCUGAUGAAGAGAAGCAAGAGCAGGAGCAGGACAAACGAGAGCCUCAACAUCGUAGCUUUUCCGGCAACGAUUUUGUGCGAACCCGUGUCAAGUUUCUGGAAGAAAACGCAUUUUCGUCGUCAGAGAAGAUGACGACAACUGGAAAUAAGGAUACGGAGGCCCUCGAGCCUGAUGUCUGCGAAUCAGCUGACCGGAUCAACAACCACCUCCAGGUGUUGCACCGCAAGAGCGAGGCUGCAUCAGCUGACCGCAUAGGGCACGAACUGAGAAUAGAAUCGUCUUGGCGAGAACUUUCCCUGGGGGAGCACGACCUGAAACUUGGCAACUAUUUUGUGUGGUCUUUUGAAGCGAACCCGAAGACUUGGCGUAACGCUGUCCGUCGAGUUCUUUUCUGCCGUCUGUCCGAAGUCGACCCCCAGCGGGGUCUGCUGUUGCCCUUCGCAAUUGGGGCGUUGCCGGACGAGGUCGCUGCAGAUCCAGCUGGUGCUCUUUCGAAAGAACAGGCUGCGCCUUCUGCACGCGCCGCAACGACUUCUGCGGAAGUUGUAGAUCAAGCCGCAACGUCGUCCAUGAUGCCGCCCAGCGCAGAAUUCGGAAUUGUUUGGUUCCAAGAGAUCGCCGGACAGCAAAAAAACCCGACGCAGAGCGUGCCCGCAUCCUGCAACAUGUUAGACUCGUUGUCAGACCUCGGGCCUGCUUUGUUGCGCGUGUUUCGAGGACUACGAGACAUGCAGGUCGUGGAGUUUCAUUACUGGACGAAUCUCGCCGGGCAAAUCCUGAAGAAACUAAACCCUUUGAGCACCUUGGACGCGGUGCUGUCAUCUACUUCCCCGCUGCUGUCCAACAAACUUUCCUUGACCGACGUGGAAGCGCAGACCCGCAUGGACGUUUUGCGCAUGUUUUUCGGUGCACCAGCAGGUGGCCAGACACUCAGCGAUAAAAACGCUGCGUCCAUUUCUCGAAACGAAGCAGAGGAUCUUCCCACUGGUGAAGACGAAAGCGCUUUGAUGUAUGGAGACUACGCCAAUCUCUUGCCCAAGAGAAUAUUCGAAUUCAUUGACCAGGACAGAAAAACCUCGCACAUUAAAGCCUCUCUGCAGGAGCAGGCUCCAGACGCCGGGCUCGCACUAAUGCAACGUGUGCACGAGUACGUCACCGCCGUAUCGAAUACAUGCAUCCACGCAACUGAAAAGUAUGGCCCGUUUGAUUACGUCUACACGCCAUUCUCCACGCUGACGUACAAGAACGACGACCAGCGCGUGGGCAAGUACUUCGUGCAAACGGCCGACGUCAACUUCGAGCGGGCGCUCUACCCGAACAGGACCUCAACUGCUCUCUCAGCGGAUGCCGAAGGAGCGCCGCCUCAAGAACAUGAUGUAGUUGACGUGAAACAGGUCGCUCGUGAGUGGUACGAUAAGACAGUGGAUGCCCGCCGCGGCUUUCCCGAUACCCCAGAGGGCUACCAUCGCAAGUGGAGCACGGUUAGGCACGGCCUGAAUCAUACCCUGACGAACGCCGCUUUCCGCUUUUUUGAGGUGUUUCGCACCUGUCUACGGGGUCGACUAGAUGAAACCCCAGCGGGAGGAGGAGCUGCAGGGGAAGGCGAUAGAGCUGAACACGCAGACGAGGACACGCAUAAGCAUAAGCAAAGCACGCUCGAGCGCGCGGUUCCGAUCGUUCCGCUACAUGCGCUAUUGCAGCAGGCAGCCGCGGUCGUGGAACAAGAUGAAGAGCAACAGGUGGUAAAAGGGAAAGUACAAGGAGAUCGAGCUGCAGGCAAUGGUGAUGUGGAUCCACAAGAAGUAUCUUUUGAGCUACUAAAAAUUGAUGCGCAAGGGCACGACUGGCAAGUUUUCCAAUCGCUGUCUCUCUGUCCAAACGAAAGUGGAGGCAAGGAGGGCAUCUCGUCUUCACAGGGUGACGCUGAAGUAGGAACCAAGCCGAUCAUGAACAACGAUCUUUCCAAGUGCGGUCGCGCUGAUCUAAGGCUAAAACCGAAGCGGGUUGUGAUGGAGGCACAAGACACCCGUGAGCAGUUGCUGACCCUCUACGCGCACUCCUCCAGUAGUAGCCUCUCUGUAAUGAAAGAAGGAAUGACUGCGUUAGGGUAUGCAGAUACACCAAUUUGCUCCAUCCAGAACUGCGUUCUCGCAGAGGUCAACUGCUUAUGGGUAGAUGUUGACGACCAAGGAACGACACAGAGUGUGAAAGAUUCAUUUGCGCAGCGACCGGGUGAGGGUGAGCCACUGGAUGCCUACAAGCAGUGACAGAUUGGCU